AUGCAUUCAAUUCUAUUUAUUACACUUUUUAUAAGUCUAAUAGCAUUAUCUAGAGCGAGUGAUGUACUCGUUUUUACCGAUAGUAAUUUUGACACUAAUGCAAAACAACAUGAUAUUUUACUUGCCGAAUUUUAUGCGCCUUGGUGUGGACAUUGUAAACGACUUGCGCCAGAAUAUGAAAAGGCUGCAACAGCUUUAGCAAAGAAUGAUCCACCUGUCGCACUAGCUAAAGUUGAUUGCACCGUUGAAACAAAAACUUGUGAAAAAUAUGGUGUCAGUGGUUAUCCCACUUUAAAGAUUUUUAAAAAUGGUCAGAUUUUAGAAGACUAUAAUGGCCCACGAGAAGCUGAUGGUAUUGUCGCUAAAAUGAGAUCCAAAGCCGGCCCAUCCUAUCGUGUACUUGGAACAUUAGCUGAUUAUGAAAAAUAUUUAGAAUAUGAUGGCUAUAGUGUUGUUGGGUAUCUUGAAAGUGAUAUACAUUCAUUGAAAGAUGAUCUUGUUAACGUUGCUAAUCAAUUAUCGGAAAAAUAUCGUUUCGCUUAUACAACAUCACAAGAAAUUCUAGAUAAAGCAGGAUAUGUAAAUAAAAUUGUUAUUCAUCAACCUAAACGAUUACAAUCAAAAUUUGAAAGUGCCGCUACAGUUGUUGAAGUUGUUGGAGAUAAAAUUAAAUCGUUUAUUCAAGAUAAAGUUAACGGUCUUGUCGGUCAUCGCAUUCAAUCAAAUGCUGCUGAUUUUGAUAAACCAUUAGUAGUUGUCUAUUACAAUGUUGAUUAUGUUCGUGAUACUAAAGGUACCAAUUAUGUACGUAAUCGUGUCUUGAAAGUUGCCAAGAAAUUAUCCGAGGAAGAUGUAAAUGUCCGAUUUGCUGUCAGUAAUGCUGAAGAAUUCCGUCAGGAAUUAACUCAAUUCGGUAUUAGUGAUGUUAAAAAAGAUAGCAAAUAUGUAGUUGCUCGUGAUGCUAGCGAUCAAAAAUUUAAAUUAUCUGAAGAUUUCAGCUAUGACGCUAUCGAAGAAUUCGCUCGUAAAGUAAUUAGCGGUGAUCUUGAACCAUAUUUAAAAUCACAAGAAGUUCCAGAACAAACGGAAGACGUUAAAGUUGUUGUCGCUAAGAACUUUGAUGAAAUUGUUAAUGAUAAUACCAAAGAUGUUCUCAUCGAAUUCUAUGCACCAUGGUGUGGUCAUUGUAAAUCACUUGCUCCUAAAUAUGACGAAUUAGCUAAGACGUUGAAAAAAGAAAGUAGCAUUGUCAUUGCUAAAAUGGAUGCCACUGAAAAUGAUGUUCCUAGCCAAUAUAAUGUUCGAGGUUUUCCAACACUUUAUUUUGCACCUAAAAAUGGCAAAAGCAAUCCAAGAAAAUAUGAAGGUGGACGUGAAGUCGAUGAAUUUAUUAAAUAUUUAGCCAAAGAAGCUACAGAACCACUCGAUGGUUACGCGCGUGAUGGUACAAAAAAUAAAGGUGGUGCCGAUGAACUUUAA